ACGUUAGUUGUAACAGUGCUAGGUGUAAAUACAUAUAUCCAUUUAGCUGAAAGGAUAUCUGAUACUUUCCAUACUUAAAAUUAGGAACUGACGGCUACAAUGAAGCGAAUAAAUCCACGUUUUGUAUUUAUAACUUUGCUUUUCCUAAGCUCCUGUUAUUCAUUCUAUCUUCCGGGUUUAGCACCAGUUAGUUUUUGUGAAGAGGAGAAGAAGGCUGAAGACUGUCAAAGCACUAUUCAGCUGUUUGUAAAUCGAUUGGAUUCAGUGGAGUCGGUCUUACCGUACGAAUAUGAUGUGUUUGAUUUCUGCAAAGAUGAUGAAGAGAAGAGACCGUCAGAGAACCUUGGCCAGGUGUUGUUUGGAGAGAGAAUUGAGACGUCACCCUAUAAGUUUUCGUUCAAGAAAGACGUUGCUUGCCAAAAGGUGUGCACCAAAUCAUAUGACAAAUCUAAGAAAGAGGAUAGGCCUAACUUGGAGUUUCUCAAGAAAGGAAUGCAACUAAAUUAUCAGCAUCACUGGAUUGUGGACAACAUGCCUGUAACAUGGUGCUAUGAUGUGGAAGACGGUCAGAAGUAUUGCAAUCCGGGUUUCCCUAUCGGUUGCCUGGUAGACAACGAUGGACGUGCAAAAGAUGCCUGUGUUAUCAAUGCCGAGUUCAACAAGAAGAACACUUACUAUGUGUUCAACCACGUGGACAUUGUCUUAACUUACCACAGUGGCGACGAUGAAGGUUGGCCCGGCGCUCGACUGGUUGGAGCUACUCUGGAGCCCAGGAGUAUCAACCACAAAGACGAGAACAAACCAUCCUGUGACGGCCUGCCCAUGGAGGUCCCUGUAGAAUUCAACAGUAAUCUGAAAAUUACUUAUACCUAUUCGGUCAAGUUUACGCAAAGCGAUACUAUCAAAUGGGCCUCGAGAUGGGAUUAUAUUUUGGUUUCCAUGCCUCACACCAACAUCCAGUGGUUUAGCAUCAUGAAUUCGCUGGUCAUUGUACUCUUCCUGUCUGGUAUGGUGGCCAUGAUCAUGCUGAGAACCCUGCACAGAGACAUUGCAAAGUACAACCAGGUGGACCAGGAAGACGCACAGGAGGAGUCCGGCUGGAAACAGGUUCACGGAGACGUGUUCAGAUCGCCCAAGAAGGGCAUGUUACUCUCGGUCUUCCUUGGUCAGGGGACCCAAAUCUUCAUCAUGACCUUCAUCACCCUCUUUCUGGCCUGUCUGGGCUUUCUGUCCCCGGCUAACAGAGGGGCUCUUAUGACCUGUGCUGUAGUUCUCUGGGUCCUGCUGGGAACUCCAGCUGGCUAUGUGUCCGCCCGUCUGUACAAGACUUUCGGUGGAGAAAAAUGGAAAACAAAUGUUAUUUUGACAGCUCUUCUGUGCCCUGGGAUUGUCUUUGCUGAUUUCUUUCUGAUGAAUCUUAUCCUAUGGGUGGAGGGCUCGUCAGCUGCCAUUCCCUUUGGUACUCUGGUGGCCGUCUUGGCUCUGUGGUUUGGUAUUUCUGUCCCUCUCACCUUUGUCGGUGCAUACUUUGGCUUCAAGAAGCCGGCAAUCGAACAGCCAGUGCGAACAAACCAGAUUCCACGACAAAUUCCUGAGCAGUCCUUUUUCACCAAGCCUUUGCCAGGCAUCAUUAUGGGUGGCAUCCUCCCAUUCGGCUGCAUCUUCAUCCAGCUCUUCUUCAUCCUCAAUAGCAUCUGGUCCCAUCAGAUGUAUUACAUGUUUGGAUUCCUUUUCCUUGUCUUCAUCAUCCUCGUCAUCACCUGCUCUGAAGCCACGAUCUUGUUGUGCUACUUCCAUCUUUGUGCGGAGGAUUAUCACUGGUGGUGGCGGUCCUUCCUGACCAGUGGCUUCACUGCAGUUUAUCUGUUUGUCUACGCUGUGCACUACUUCUUCUCAAAACUACAGAUAGUCGGGCUUGCAAGCACAAUCCUUUAUUUCGGCUACACCAUGAUCAUGGUGCUCAUAUUUUUCCUUUUCACUGGUACCAUUGGUUUCUUCGCCUGCUUCUGGUUUGUAAAUAAAAUCUACAGUGUGGUGAAAGUGGACUAAAGAAGAGAGGCCUUCCCUCCUCUUUUUGCUGUUCUGCUCAGAGGCAGCAGGAUAUUGUAUGAACUUUGAAAGGAGGGGAACAAAAAUCACAUAUCUAGGGCAGAGGUCCUAGAGAAAGAAGUCCAAUCCCCCUUUGUUUGCUUGAAAAACUGGUGUGUUGUGAUCAUCACUGUACUUUUUUUGUAAAGUUAGUAAUUCAUCUGCAUUAAUUUGACAUGCACGUUGACCUGAAAUGGGUUUCUGUGUGACUCCAAAGAUUUGUUUGAAUUGUCCACUGGUCUGGAGGUUAAUAAGGGCUUUUUGGCCCUUCAAAUGCCUGGUACCCAGAGGCGAAGGACUUCUGUCUCCCAUUUAUAAUGUUUAAGUUUGUAUCUUCCUAUACUUUUAUAUUCUUUAAAAUAUUUUUUUUUCCAAACUUCUGCUGUAAUGACAUAAUUUGAAGAUUCAGUACUCAAAGAACUGACAAUGUGAUUUAUUUCUGUGUUGUAUGUGUUUUGACCUUGGGAAAGUAUAGAAAAAGGGUUUGUGAAUUUAAUGCCUCGGUGGUCUCUGUGAUAUCACUGAGAAGUAGGUGUCUGUAACUGUGUCUUUAUUGUUAUAAAUUGUUUGUUCUUUGAUUAUUUUUAUGGUUUUCUCACUCAAGAUUUCUUUAUAUGAAAAGAAGAAU